UUGAAUGUGGACAUAGCUGACCUACACUGCAUAAUGGUUCAAAGUGUUACAGAAAUAGCUGCACUGUGUGUCGGCCUGGUUGGACUGAUUGGGGCGGCGGCUACUACGGGGUUGCCGAUGUGGAAGGUGACAGCUUUCAUCGGGGAGAACAUAAUUGUGAUGGAAACUCGCUGGGAGGGCCUGUGGAUGAACUGCUUCCGACAAGCCAACAUCAGGAUGCAGUGUAAGGUGUACGACUCCCUGCUCUUCCUGCCCCCGGACUUACAAGCAGCCAGGGGUCUGAUGUGCUGUUCCCUGGCCUUGUCGGGGCUGGGUCUCCUUGUCGCUAUGGCAGGAAUGCGAUGUGUUUCCUGUUUUCGGGGUAAUGAUUAUGUCAAGACCAUUAUCCUGAUGGUUGCAGGUGGUAUGCAGUUCAUGGCAAGUGUCUGUGUGUUUAUCCCAGUGUCAUGGACAGGUCAUGUCAUCAUUAGGGAUUUUUACAAUCCCUUGCUAAUUGACGCCCAGAGGAGGGAGCUGGGAGAGGCUCUCUACAUCGGUUGGGUGACCGGUGCCUUCCUUUUCGCCUCAGCCAUGUUGUUCCUAUGUCGCCGUAUGCCCUCAGACAAAGGCUCAUUUGACAUGUAUCACCCAGCAAACUUGCUCAGUUUCAAGCCAAGACACAGUAAUCAACCUCAAAUGAAUUAUCAUCCUGUCUCGACUCUUUCCAGCAUAGGAUCCAGCGCACACCAGCCUUCUCUGCAGAACAACAGCUUUGUUGGACCACGACUUUCAACACCAACACAAAACGUCCCUACAAAUAAUGCGGCACUGAUCAACCCUCAUGUUGUCUAUAACCCGGGUCAACCUGAAAAUGCCUCAUUGUAUUAUCCAGGCAGCAUGGCUCAUCAUUCCUCUGUGCGAAGCUCUAACCAUGCUGGAAGUCUGUACAUGCCAGGCAACUCCCUGUACAUCAGCCAAACCAACACGCCAUAUUCUCUGUCCGGCACCGGCAUGCCCACUGCAUCCUACCAGUCCAGUUUUCAUCCGGUUCCAAACACUCCUGUUUUCAUAGGAUAUACAGCAUCAAAACUUCAUCCAGGGUCUCACAAUGGGAGCAGUGCUGGUGUAUAUAUAUAAAGAAAAAUCAUGAGUGAGUUCAACUUUAUCGACACAAAGCAAGCACUAUUAUUUCAAACUGUCACCACAUUUAAACUGCUGCACAUUAGAGGCAAGAUGAAGGUAUUAUCUCUGCUUGUGUGCCCAGUCUUAAUAACCUUUUAAAUGUUUUUCUAAUAUGCUUUUUUUUUUUUUUUUACAAUUUCUAUUGUGUUAAAAAAAUGGAUGAUCCAGUUGAGCAACAGCUGUUGUUGUAAGCAUAAAUAAGAGUGGCAUCAUGUUUUCAUGAAGCUCUGCUACGGGCAUACUUUCCCGAAAUAGAGAGAUUUAUGAGAAAUCAUCUGUCUGGAACAUCGUUGCCAUAUGUUUUUGUAUCUUUGUAAGCAUCUGUUCAGCAUAUUUUUUAAUUUGUUGUGGGUAUCAUUGUUCACGGUUUCAACCUGUUUUUCUGCCUAUUGCCCAUGUUUGCUGCUAGGAUAGGCUGUCUGUGUAGCAGCAGUAUAGAAACAGUAAAAUAAGUUAAUGUCAAAGGUUAAAAUAUGUUGUAAAUACAAAAUAAAA